AUGAUCUGGGGAAAAGGUUAUCGCACAGUUCUGGGACUUUGUAUCUUAAGCAUUCAAACAGCCAGUUCAGACCCUAGUCAUGAUACCGGGAUACCGAACAAGUUCACCACAAUAACAACACAUGAAGUUGAUCAUUCUAAUCUUAGUGGGAUGGCUUCCAUUUUUUCUCCUCGCAUGAAUUUUGAUCAAUGGAAGCCCUUAACUGGUCGCGGAGAUCCUCUACGUAAUGAUCCCACUUACGAUUAUGAGCCUCCAGUACUUGAAAAAGUUCAUUAUUGGGCUGAUGAUAGUCGACCUGAACGCGAAAAACACCCCGAAAGGAAAUCUGAAGUUUUAGUAUUAGGAGUUUCUUCACGCAAGCCUAGCGUGGCUUCAAAACCACCGCCGGCACCAAUAAGAAGACAUCCACGACCACCUGCAUUUUCAAUGAAAUAUGAAGACUUUUCCUAUAAAUUUAGUGACCAUUAUCCCAUGACUAUACUUGUGCCACCACCCCCGCCGCCACCAAAAAAUAAACCCUCCUUAUUUAUUCUCCCAGACAAUAAAUUAUUACUACCGACUGCGCCUCCACCAGUGUCUGAGUCUACUAGAGAAACUACAAUAUUACCAGAACAUAUUACAACUUAUGCCCUUCAAGAAGCAAAUCUUAUUUACCAAUCAUCGACGAUAAAACAAAAUUGGCUUGACUACAAUAAAACUACAUAUUUACCUAACAAUACUGUUAGUAGUGACUAUGCUGGAUGGGGGCCAACUACGCCUUUGGAAGAUAUAAAUGAUUCGCAUAACAUUAUAUCACAUAUCGACAGUCAUAAUUUUGAAUUUACCCGACAACCUCUUUCCUACUACAAACCAGUUCUUUCAGAAGCUCCACCACCUCCUCUGUCUCCACAAGCCUCCUUCAACUCUGUUAGUAUGGCAAGCUUUUUACCAACUGUUUUACCACCAACUCUAUCAACAGAUUCUUCUAAAACAAAAGAGACUAAAUUCCAAACAGAAAUGACAAACCAAGAAUUAACGACAGAAGCCCCAAAUUUUUAUGUAGAAACUACAACUGAAAAAAAGAGUACUCCAUCUUAUUAUUCGACAGUUGAGGAGUCGCCGAAACCGAAUAUUAUUGGUAUGCUAGGUCCUAUGAUAUCAAUGCCUAUGGUGACAGAUCCUGAUCGACCCGAGGAUAACUUGUACGCUCACGCAUCAGAUAACAUACAUAUUUUUAAAGAACCUGCCACUGAAGAUACUAUGAACUUAGAAAUGAUGCAGACUAUGCAACCACCACCUCCACUUACUUCCUUAGAAAAUAUCCCAGUGCCCCAAAGACAACACUAUCAUGUAAAUCCCCAUCAUUUAAAUAACUUACUUCACGAACAACCUGCAACACACACCCAUGAUCCAUAUCUACACAUGCGCUUUACCACACCUAUGGCAACUAGUGCCGCAACCUCACAAGAUAUUAAGGCUACAACGGAGACUCAACCGAUUUCUACGUAUUUAAUUAUACAAGGACAUUCAAAAGUAAAAACAUAUGGAUCUAAGCCUAAACCUACCAGUGGGGUCAGCAAUGAAAUUGUGAAUCCAAAUGAGACCAAUGAAGUAAAACACUUGCAUCCAAUUAAAGAGAAACAUAGUAAAAAGCCUGAAAAGCCCGUAACAAAUAGAGAAAGUAGAUCACAAAAUUUAAAAUCUGUAGUAGAUACUGGCCUUGGUUCAAUAGAAAUACAAGAAACUGACAUAGGUAUUAUGUAUGAUGUAAGCGAUGGCAGCGAUGUCCCUGUUGAGUUAUAUAAAAAAGGUAUAGUAGAAACAGAUGAAAAUAAUUACUCGAACACUAAAAUUAAACAAACACAACACAAGAGGCAAAUAGAUCUCUCAAAUAUUUAUUUGAUA